AUGGGUUCCGGAGGGGACAAGAUCGCCGACCUGGCCACGGACACCAAGGAGCCGUCCAACAAGACUAAUAUCACCUCCGACUACGGUGUCAAGACGCCCAACCCCGAACACUGGUUGUCCAUCUCCAACGAGGACCGUCAAGGGCCCAGUCUGAUUGAGGACCCGUUCUCCCGCGAGAAGAUCACCCGUUUCGAUCAUGAACGCAUCCCAGAGCGAGUGGUUCACGCCCGUGGCACUGGCGCUUUUGGAACGUUUCGCAUCCACGAGAGCCUUAGUGACCUCACUUUUGCCCCAGUACUGACAGACACGUCCCGCGAGACGUCUGUAUUUCUGCGCUUUUCGACCGUGCUUGGAAGCCGAGGCAGCGCUGAUACUGUGCGAGAUGUCCGUGGUUUCGCCGUCAAGUUUUACACUGAGGAAGGUAACUGGGAUAUUGUUGGCAACAACAUUCCUGUCUUCUUCAUCCAGGAUGCUAUCAAAUUCCCUGAUAUCAUCCACGCCGGCAAGCCUGAGCCCCACAAUGAAGUACCCCAGGCACAGAGUGCCCACAACAACUUCUGGGACUUUGUGUUCAACCACACCGAGGCCACACAUAUGUACAUGUGGGCCAUGUCAGACCGUGCCAUUCCACGAUCAUACCGCAUGAUGCAAGGGUUCGGUGUCAAUACGUACACACUCAUCAAUGCUCAAGGCAAGCGCUCCUUUGUCAAGUUCCACUUCACCCCAGAACUUGGCGUGCACUCGUUCGUUUGGGAUGAGGCUCUCAAGCUUGCCGGUCAGGACCCCGAUUUCCACCGCAAGGACCUUAUGGAGGCAAUCGACAACGGCGCUUUCCCCAAGUGGAAGUUUGGUGUUCAGGUCAUCAGUGAGGAGGACCAAGACAAUUUUGAAUUCGAUAUCCUCGACGCCACCAAGGUCUGGCCUGAAGAUCUUAUUCCUGUUCGCUACGUCGGUGAGCUGGAGUUAAACCGCAACGUAGACGAGUUCUUCCCACAGACAGAGCAGGUUGCUUUCUGCACGAGUCAUCUGGUUCCUGGAAUUGGUCACUCCGAUGAUCCUCUUCUGCAGGGUCGUAAUUUCUCAUACCAUGAUACACAGAUCAGCCGGCUGGGUGUCAACUGGCAAGAGCUGCCUAUUAACCGACCAGUCUGCCCCGUCAUGAACUUCAACUCAGACGGCCAGAUGCGCCACACAAUAAGGAAGAGUACUGUCAACUACUGGCCUAACCGGUUUUCGAAGAACCCUCCCGCCCAACCCAACGAGGGCGCGUAUAUUGAGUAUCAGCAGAAGAUUGAGGGUAUCAAGCAACGCACCAAGAGCAAGAAAUUCAGAGAGCACUUCAAGCAGGCCAUGCUUUUCUAUAACAGCCUGACCCCCUCGGAGAAGUCUCACGUCAUGAACGCUUUCGGAUUUGAGCUCGACCAUUGUGAUGAUCCAAUUGUCUACGAGAAUCUCGCGUCGCGUCUUGCAGACAUCGACAUGGAUCUGGCCAAGGACGUCGCCAAGUUGGUCGGCGCGCAAGUGCCGCAGAGAGAAAGCAAUCCCAACCAUGGCAAGAAGUCGAAGGGUCUGUCGCAGUUCGACUUUCCUCCGAUGAAGACCACCAUCGCCAGCCGACGCGUGGCGAUUAUAAUCGCCGAUGGGUAUGACUCCACGGCUUUCACUGCAGUCAAGACAGCUGUCACCGGUUCAAUGGCUACCCCUAUCAUAAUCGGGACUAAGCGGAGUGAAGUCUUUGCCGCGGGCCAGAAGAGGGAGCAGGGCAAGGGCGUUCGACCACACCACCACUUGGAGGGCUUCCGGUCGACCAUGGUCGACGCAGUGUUCGUUCCCGGCGGCAGGGAGUCCAUCGACACGCUCAAGAAGAGUGGACGUGCCCUUCACUGGGUGCGUGAGGCAUUUGGCCACCUCAAGACCGUCGGCGGCACUGGCGAGGCUGUCGAGCUUCUGCAGGCGGCAUUCCAACUGCCGGACGUGCAGCUCUCCAGCGGCGCCGAGGCCGUGGAGAGCUACGGCGUGGUGACGCUUGGCCAGGUCAAGCCUGACAGCUUCGGUGAAUCGUUCACCAUCGCAAAGGAGGGGGCUGGCUUUGUAGGCACGUUCUUGCAUUCCAUCUCGCUACACAGAAACUGGGACAGAGAGUCGGACGGGCUGAGCACUCAGGUGGCAUACUAA